UGUAGCAGAGUGAGGACAGAUUUAUUCGCAAUGCUCGUCCGUCGCGUAAUAUUAAUUCUGGCAUUAAUGCCCAGCCUUUCGUUGGCUGCAUCUUUAAAAAAUUGCCCCAAAGGCUACAGAAAAAUUGGAUUACAAACACCCAAAUGUGUUGCCAUCUGCAAGCAAAAAUGUGGUAGUGGCAACUGUAUAAAGCCCAACGUUUGCUCUUGCUCUAUAGGAUACGAGAAUCUUAACAAAAUUAAAUCGAAUCGCUGUGUGCCCAAAUGUAAAGGCGGAUGUCUUAAUGGUUAUUGUGCUGCCCCUAAUAAAUGUAAUUGUGCGAAAAAACAUAAGCUUAACGUAACGACUGGUCAUUGUCUUCCCAUUUGCGACAGCGGGUGUCCGAAUGGAUCGUGUAAGAUUCCUGGAGUUUGUAGCUGCAAUGAGGGAUUUACAUUGAAUCCCACAACUCAAACUUGUCAUCCGCAGUGCAAAGAUGGUUACAAAUUAGAUUUCACUGACAAUCGAUGCAUUCCAGUUUGCAGUACACCCUGCGAUAACGGCUUUUGUAGUGCGCCGGAAACUUGUGGCUGCAAUGAGAACUAUCAGAAAGGUCUCGAUAAUAAAUGUGCUCCAAUUUGUAAAGAGGGCUGCUUAAACGGCAUAUGCACAUCCCCAGGAAAAUGUGAAUGUCUCACUGGAUAUCAGCGAGAAAGUGAUUCGAGUUGUUCACCUUACUGCAAAAAUGAAUGUCGCAACGGAUACUGUGAGUCUCCUAAUAUGUGUGCUUGCAAUAAUGGAUAUAGUAUGACAGAUGGGAAAACUUGUCAACCUAUUUGUGAUGGCGGAUGCGUGAAUGGAAUCUGUAGUGCUCCAGGAGAAUGUUCUUGCCUAGAUGGGUUCAACAAGGAAAGUAGGAACAGCUGCGCUCCAAUUUGUAACGAUGACUGUAAGAACGGAUUCUGCAGCGCACCGGGAGAAUGUUCUUGCAACGAUGGAUACAAGAAAGAAAGUGAGAACAGCUGUGCUCCAAUUUGUAAGGAUGAAUGUAUAAACGGAUUCUGCAGCGCACCGGGAGAAUGUUCUUGCAACGAUGGAUACAAGAAAGAAAGUGAAAACAGCUGUACUCCGAUUUGUAAGGAUGAAUGUAUAAACGGAUUCUGCAGCGCACCGGGAGAAUGUUCUUGCAACGAUGGAUACAAUAAAGAAAGUGAGAACAGCUGUACUCCGAUUUGUAACGAUGACUGUAAGAACGGAUUCUGCAGCGCACCGGGAGAAUGUUCUUGCAACGAUGGAUACAAGAAAGAAAGUGAAAACAGCUGUACUCCGAUUUGUAACGAUGAAUGUAUAAACGGAUUCUGCAGUGCACCGGGAGAAUGUUCUUGCAACGAUGGAUACAAGAAAGAAAGUGAAAACAGUUGUACUCCGAUUUGUAAGGAUGGAUGUAUAAACGGAUUCUGCAGCGCACCAGGAGAAUGUUCUUGCCUAGAUGGAUACAGAAAGGAAAGUGAGAACAGCUGUACUCCGAUUUGUAAGGAUGACUGUAAGAACGGAUUCUGCAGCGCACCAGGAGAAUGUUCUUGCCUAGAUGGAUACAGAAAGGAAAGUGAGAACAGCUGUACUCCGAUUUGUAAGGAUGACUGUAAGAACGGAUUCUGCAGCGCACCAGGAGAAUGUUCUUGCCAAGAUGGAUACAGAAAGGAAAGUGAGAACAGCUGUACUCCGAUUUGUAAAGAUGACUGUAAGAACGGAUUCUGCAGCGCACCAGGAGAAUGUUCUUGCCAAGAUAGAUACAGAAAGGAAAGUGAGAACAGCUGUACUCCGAUUUGUAACGAUGACUGUAAGAACGGAUUCUGCAGCGCGCCGGGAGAAUGUUCUUGCAACGAUGGAUACAAGAAAGAAAGUGAAAACAGUUGUACUCCGAUUUGUAAGGAUGAAUGUAUAAACGGAUUCUGCAGCGCACCAGGAGAAUGUUCUUGCCAAGAUAGAUACAGAAAGGAAAGUGAGAACAGCUGUACUCCGAUUUGUAACGAUGACUGUAAGAACGGAUUCUGCAGCGCGCCGGGAGAAUGUUCUUGCAACGAUGGAUACAAGAAAGAAAGUGAAAACAGUUGUACUCCGAUUUGUAAGGAUGAAUGUAUAAACGGAUUCUGCAGCGCACCAGGAGAAUGUUCUUGCCAAGAUGGAUACAGAAAGGAAAGUGAGAACAGCUGUACUCCGAUUUGUAAGGAUGAUUGUAGGAACGGAUUCUGCAGUGCACCGGGAGAAUGUUCCUGCAACGAUGGAUAUAGGAGAGAAAGUGAAAACAGCUGUACUCCGAUUUGUAAGGAUGAAUGUAUAAACGGAUUCUGCAGCGCACCAGGAGAAUGUUCUUGCCUAGAUGGAUACAGAAAGGAAAGUGAGAACAGCUGUACUCCGAUUUGUACGGAUGACUGUAAGAACGGAUUCUGCAGCGCACCAGGAGAAUGUUCUUGCCUAGAUGGAUACAGAAAGGAAAGUGAGAACAGCUGUACUCCGAUUUGUAAGGAUGAAUGUAGGAACGGAUUCUGCAGUGCACCGGAAGAAUGUUCUUGCAACGAUGGAUACAGAAAGGAAAGUGAGAACAGCUGUACUCCGAUUUGUAAGGAAGAAUGUAGGAACGGAUUCUGCAGUGCACCGGAAGAAUGUUCUUGCAACGAUGGGUAUAAAAUAGAGGACGAUAGUUGUGUACCUAUAUGCAAAAAUGGUUGUAUCAAUGGUAUUUGCGAGUCUCCCAAUAAAUGUCAUUGUGAUGAAGGAUAUAGUAACAUAGGCGAAACAUGCGUGGCCCAAGUGACCGAGACCUUGACGACCAUUGGAGUGUAUACAACUGAAAGCCCAAACUACAUUCAAGCUUCUGGAAAUAAUCUUACGGUUGAUUGCGCUGAGCGCUGUAGGAACGGAAGCUGUGUAAAUGACGAAUGCAUUUGUUGGACGGACUACAGAUUAACAGAAGAUGCUUUCAAUACAACCAACCUACUUUGUCUUCCAAUCUGUGAAUGGGAAUGCAUUCAGGGAUAUUGCAUAUAUCCGAACGUGUGCGCCUGCAACGAUGGACAGCUGUCGGAGUUUGAAGAUGGGUGCGUGUUUAAUGGAAAUACCGAGAAUGCUGGUCAAACACGCCACAUAAGAAUGAAGACUCUGCUGUUUGCUUUAAUUGGCACCUCUGUGUUGCUGAUGCUUGUUAUCUGCUCCGUGAUGUACACAUUUAGAAAAAGAGGUUACAGAGUGGGAGAGAAGGAAGAACGAUAUGGAGUAAACUAUUUGUCCAAUCAAGCAGACAUUAUUCGAGCCUAAUUUCCAAUCAAAAAUGUCAAUAAUAUAAAUUCUAAAAAGUUUUUAUUUACAUAUAACUACAUGAUUUUUAAUUAAAGUUGAUCUAUUGUCAUUUAAUGUAAUUA